CGACGCGCGUGCUACUCAUGUCCCACUUACGACGACGUCGUUUUAAACUCUCUCUCUGUGCUCUUCCAGUCUCUAUCGAUCGCCUUCUGAAUUUUCCGGCGGAAAAGCAAAUGUCCGUUAACGACAGUAUCGAUCCUCGGUUCGUAUUCCACGUUGAAGAUGAAUCUUUGCGUUUCCGUGUGGGAGAUUCAGGUACUAAGAUCCGGGAGCUCGAAACCGUCGGCGAUCGCCAUUUCAGAACCCAGCAAGGUUUCUGCGGAAAUAGAAUUGAGAAAGAUGAAACCAUGUAUUCCGAUGGAGAUGAUGAAGAGUACGACGUUUCUAUCCGAAGACGAACUGCUCUGAUUCAGCCUGGUAUUGAUUCCGGUAACAAUUAUGAUUCUGCUGCAGCUGAAGAAACCAACAGAGAAAGUAAAAAUCCAGUUGGUUGGGAACUGGUUGUGAGAGAAGAUGGGGAAGGUAAUUCAACGAUUGAUCGACAUGAAAUGGAGUUUAAGGUGAGGAUCACUAAACCAGAUGGUAACGUAUCUAAUUCCCACCGUAACACGCAACAAAAGCGAGAUUUUGCUUCUGUGGAGAAGGAGAGAGUCACUACUACUAGUGUCAGCUCUUGGGAGUCUCUCAAGGCCAUCCUCUCUGAUCCUGUCACCGGAGCCUUGAUGAAUGAUGCUACCAUACUGCCUUGUGGACAUUCUUUUGGCGCCGGGGGAUUAAAAGAAGUUAAAAAAAUGAAAGCAUGUUUCACAUGUUCCCAACCUACUUUAGAAGGAUCAGAAAAGCCAAAUCUCUCUCUCAGAAUUGUAGUUCAUGCUUUCCGCCAAGAAGAAGAUUCAGAUCAUAUUCACACGCUGAAAAGAAGGAAAGAAAGGUCGGAUCAGGUUUGUUUUUCCAAUACACAGUAAUCAUGUGAGAUUACAUUAACAGUGAGAAAUCAGAUAAGCAGAGUUUCUUUCUUAUGAAUCUUGCUGCAGAAGAGAAGUUUCUGUAUCCCAAACAUCACUGAAACUCCUAAGAGUAGCCGAGGCAUACAGUUUCCUUUCUCCAUUGGAGAUCAUAUUAUCAUAGAGGUCUGAGAUAUUCAUGCAUACCAAUGUUACUUCAUACAUUCUAGGGAAUACUACUUUCAUGUUUUAACAGACAAAAAGUUCCUUAUGGCUUAGGGAAACAAAAGGACGCCUCCAAGGUUUGUCGGACGCAUAGCUGUUAUAAUGACACAAUGCUUAAAUGGAUGGUUAAGUCUCGUUGCCUCAUUUCAUCCAUAGAUGCUGAAGCUCUUAUAACAAAAUUGGAUAUAUGUUCCCAGGUACGUUGUGAAGACAGUGGACAAUUCAGAGUCUAUCAAGUUACAACAUUGCUCACUUGCCAAGAUUUCAGACAAUUCAUCUACGAAGGUAACAGUAGCUGAAAUGCCACCGUCUUGGCUCUAACUCGUAGAAAGCAAAUAUCUGUGGCUGCAGAAAUCAGCAUCUGUAAUUUUUUCAUUCAGAGAAAGUAGUUACUACGUUUCAUUAUGUAAUAUAGGAACGAGACAACAAUUUUCUGUACUAAAUCCAGUGUUUUCAUUCAUACAAGGAAACUUUGCUCAUCUAAAAGGACAUGCGUAUUGAAACAAAUGCCAACUUUGUAGCUUUGAUAUAAAAAGAAAAAAGGUCGCUUCUAAUGUUACAUACACGAAUGACAAACUGAUCAAUCGCCUGUUAUUUACACUAAAGAUAAUAACCAUCAAAAAAGUGCUAACAUAAAGACAACAUAUAGGCGGUGUGAUUAGUCAGAAAUUCGGUUAACC